CAUAAGAAAGGGGUAGAGUGAUGUUACCGCUUCGGCUUGGUGAGUGAAUGUAGGAAUCAAACCAGGGUAGGAUGAUUUGAGCUUCAAGGAGAGACAACAACAAAACAACACAAGCACAAUACGACUCGAUCAAGGCGAGGUUAUUACAAGCACAAUACAUAGUAGUAGUAGUUUAUGUCAUACACACACAACUAACAAAAAAAAAACAAGUUUAGGGUUACAAGUAGAGAAGUGGGGCGAAAUGACUCCGCUUUGUCACAUGUCUCUCUCAUCGGCUACCUCUCUCUGGUGGAUGGACCCUCUCCAGAAUCGGGUAGGAUACCCUGGUGUUGAGCCAUGAGCUCGACGAUGUCGGACUGCCGCUCGAGGCGAGAUGAGAAUCCCAUGAAGCUCGUCUCAAGGCGAUCCACCCUCUGGACGAGGGGAUCGCCUGUUCUUGGUGGUGGUGGCUGCUGUGCAGGGCGUGGGAGCGCUGGGCGCCAACGGCGGCCGGGUGCACGAGCAGGUGGCUGCUAUGAUGCUGGUGGGACCUCGGGGCCGGGACUCAAUCCCUCGAUGUACCGCAUUGGGCCAAAGAUGCGCAAUAAGCGCAUGGAGUGCAAAGUGCCUUCGUCAAAUCUCUGGGUGCCUCCCUCUUUCGAGCACCCUGAAAGGCUGACAUCGAAGUAUCUGGCAAGGCGGGUGAUGUACAGACCCAUGGAUGUGACAUAACGAUGAGUUCCCCCUUUGGCCCUGGCAAAAGAUGUGGCUAUGACUGAACCCAGAUGCAACGUGCUUGACCGGUCCGCCACGGUAAGCACACGCCAGUAAGAUUCUCUCGAUAAUCUUGUUCGGAUUGUGGUAAGCCGGGUAGUGGGAACGAGCCAGGAGUGCAACCAUGACACGCCACUGGGCUGGAGUGUGGAUGUUGUUGUAAGGGCUGACUUGAACUUGGUCCUUCGGUACUCGACCCCGUCGUAGCGGAUGACCGAGUAGGCAUAUGCUCUUGCGUAUGGCGAAGGUGCUGAAAAACUCGACGCAAAGCUCCCCGUAAGUGUCAUCUUCAAGAUCAAGGGCUUGACGCCAUUGGGGGUGCACCACUGCCUCUCUCAUAGCGUCAUUGCAAUGAAGCCUAUUGAACUGGGCGAAUUCGAGUUUCCAAUGGUUACCAACUCUUGAAGAUUCCCUGAACAACGCCUCUUGCUCCAUUUAAGGGCUACUCCUUAGCGCCACAAGAUAUGGGUGAUCCAUGUUAACCAUCCUGCACAAACUGAGAAGCGUACACCAUACGUGGAAACAAUCGUCAAUACUGCUCAUUUGGAGGAAAAGAGAUUCCCCCCACACUUGUUUUUCCACCAUGGCUAAAACAUUGUAGCUCAAACCAUCGUGGUAAGGUUGUGGGUAUUUCACGGUUCAAGCACACAAAAAAUUGAACCACAACCCCUAUGAUAGACCGUUAAUCACACAUGUUUUUACCCCUAUUCUUGAGCUGUUUGAGAUGUCGAUUCUCGCGUUUUAGGCCGAUUCCACGCUAGGUUGUUCUUGUUUGUGAUAUUUCAGGUCCUAGUACGUGAAUGAAGGUUUAGGAACGAGUUCAGGGUUGAUUGAACGGAGAUCGGACGUUUGGCGAUAAGCUGAGGAAGUCACACGGGCAUGCCUAAAAGCCACACGGCCGUGUAGGGAACCCCUUGUGGCCGUGUGGAAAUUCCAGGGAACUCACACGGGCAUCCUGGAAGUCCACACGGCCGUGUGGGUCGUGGCCGUGUAUGAAGCCUGAAGCCACUUAUCGAAACUCCGCGUUUUGACACUAACACGGGCAGCCUGGGAGAGUCACACGGCCGUGUGAGUCGGGAAAUUCUGGGUUUUAACCCAAAUUCGAGCCAAAGUAGAGAGAGAGCUGUGUUUUGGAUCCCAAACACCCAAGGGACGAACCCUAGAGAGAGAGAGCGACUUGGGAACAUUCUUGGAGCUAUUUUGGAGGAUUUCUUUGCCAUUGGAGCUCGAGAAUCAAGCUUGGAGAUGGAGAUUGAAGAUCUAGAUCAGAUUUCUGCAGUCUCUCUCUUCUCUAUGGAGUAACUUCCCUUCACUUAGGUUUUGAGAAACCCUAGCUAUGUUGUUUGAUUGGAUGAUUGUAUGAGUACUCCUACUUGAUAAUCUUGAGUUCAUAUUCAAUCUAUGCACGUUUUCAUGAUUCAAUUAUGCUUUAGUCAAGAUUAUUGAUUCUACUUUGAUCCUAUGAGAGCGAAUACCUGAUUAGGUCAACAGAGCACCAUAGAUUGAUAGUAUUGGAUCGAUUGCUUUAGUCGAGGGUUGAUUCACUGCUUUGUAUUGAUUGAGAACCUCUUUCAAUAGAGGGAUUCUAGUUCAGAUCGCCUUGAUCGGUUGUUCUAGAGAAGGAUACGUCCCUCUAGGCAAUUGACUCAAGAGGGCCUUGUUCCUUUAGUCGAGACUCAAGGUUUAGUCAAGGAUUCUCCGCAUUGUGAAUGAAAGUGAAAUAGGUUA